CAACUCAAAGCAUCACACACAUUCUCACACUCUAAACCUCUAUACCUUACACAAUGGUAACACAAACUGAACCGUUGCUAAAACCAACCUACAUUUCAUUGCAAGAACUUCAAAAACACAACACUCGCGGCGAUGCAUGGAUCUCCAUUGACGGCAAGAUCUACGACGUUUCAAAAUGGGCCAACCACCAUCCCGGCGGCGAGCUUCCUCUCCUCAACCUCGCCGGCCAAGAUGUCACCGAUGCAUUCCUCGCUUUCCACCCUCCAUCCGCUUACAAACACCUCCAAAACUUUGCCACUGGCAGUUACCUACGUGACUACGUCGUCUCUGACGUCUCACGUGACUAUCGUGCCCUUUUCUCCGAACUAACCAAACUGGGUUUGUUCGAAGAGAAAGGACACGGUGUUUUACUUUUACUGUCCAUUAUUUCUGUUAUGUUCUUUGUCAGUGUUUAUGGUGUUUUGUUUUGUGAUAGCGCGGUUGUGCACGUGCUUUCUGGAGGAUUAAUGGGUCUUCUUUGGAUUCAAAGUGGUUGGAUUGGUCAUGAUUCUGGUCAUUAUCAGGUUAUGGUUAACCGGAAAUGGAAUCAGUUUAUGCAGAUUCUUUCUGGUAAUGUUCUUGCUGGUAUAAGCAUUGAAUGGUGGAAAUGGAAUCAUAAUGCACACCAUCUUGCUUGUAAUAGUCUUGAUUUUGAUCCUGAUCUUCAACAUUUACCUUUUUUUGUUGUUUCCUCCAAGUUCUUCACUUCACUAACUUCUUGUUUUUAUGGAAGAAAGAUGAAUUUUGAUUCUUUUGCUAGGUUCUUGGUUAGUUACCAGCAUUGGAGUUAUUAUCCUGUUAUGUGUUUUGCUAGGCUUAAUUUGUUUGCUCAAUCUUUCUUUUUGUUGUUUUCUAAUAGAAAAGUGCCUAAUAGAAAGAUGGAACUUUUAGGGUUGGCUCUGUUUUGGAUUUGGUACCCUUUGUUGGUUUCUUGUUUACCUAAUUGGGGUGAGAGGGUUUUAUUUGUGCUUGCUAGUUUUUGUGUGACUGGGAUUCAACAUGUUCAGUUUACUUUGAAUCAUUUUUCGGCUAGUGUUUAUGUUGGUCCACCGACGGCUCAUGAUUGGUUUGAGAAGCAAGCUCAUGGAACUCUUGAUGUGAAGUGUUCUUCUUGGAUGGAUUGGUUUCAUGGUGGUUUGCAGUUUCAGAUUGAGCAUCAUUUGUUUCCGCGUCUUCCACGAUGUAAUUUGAGGAAGAUUUCACCUUUGGUUAAGGAUCUGUGCAAGAAACAUAAUCUUCCUUACAAUUGUGUGUCUUUCUGGAAGGCUAAUGUGCUUACUAUUCAGACUUUGAGGAAUGCGGCUUUGCAGGCGAGGGAUCUUACUAAACCAGUUCCUAGAAAUUUAGUUUGGGAAGCUGUUAAUACUCAUGGAUGAAUGUUCCAAUUGAGUGAAGCUUCGUAAGAAUAAUAACUGUUUUGCAAAUUGCUUAGAUGCUUAGAUUCGAUUGCUAAUUGUCUUAGCUGUUUGCAUGCUGUUGAUACUGAUAAGAAAAGAACUAUUGAUACUUGUUUUAUCUGAGGUUUUAUAGAUUUUGGUAUUUUGUUUUUGCUUA